UGCAAAUUGCCACGGACGAUGCAGCAAGCGGUGCGGAAGGUGCAGAAGGCCAACCUGCUCGUGUUCGCGCCGCAUUGGGGCAGCGCGCACUUGGCGCGCGACGUCUUCCUCCAGAAGGCUCUGGACGCUGGCUUUGAUGGCGUCGAGAUGUCGCUGCCGCUUGACGUCGCCGAGCGCACCAAGUGGACGGACGCGAUUCGCGCCGCGGGCCUGCACCUCAUUGCGCAGCAGUGGGAGACGGUCAUGCACAGCGACUUUGCCGAGCACAAGCGCGCGCUCGCAACGUACCUCGAGAACGCCGUCGCCGCGAGCCCGCGCUUUAUCAACACGCACACGGGCAAGGACUGGUACUCGUUUGGCCAGAACGCCGAGCUGCUCUCGCUGGCCGACGAGGUGAGCCGCGUCAGUGGCGUGCCCAUCGUGCACGAGAUCCACCGCAGCCGCUUCAGCGGCCACCCGACGCUUUUGCUGCCGUACUUGGACGCGCGCCCGGACCUGCGCCUCAACGCCGACCUCUCGCACUGGUGCGUCGGCUGCGAGUCGCUGCUUGAGGACCAGGCGCACGUGCUGCAGCGCGUGUUCCCGUUCGUGCACCACAUCCACGCGCGCGUCGGCCACAGCCAAGGGCCGCAGGUCAACGACUUUCGCGCGCCCGAGCACAAGGAGGCGCUUGCUGCCCACGUCGGUUGGUGGGACGCGAUUCUGGCCUCUCAGCAGGCGCGCGGCGAGACCGUGCACACGCUCACGCCCGAGUUUGGCCCGACGCCGUACACGCAGACGCUGCCGUACACGAACGCCGCUGUCUCGGACGCUUGGGAGCUCAACGUGUCCAUGCUCCAUUUCCUCCGCGACCGCUACACGUAGCUCGCAUGUACAUAAGCCCUGUGGAUCCCGG